CGCUACAACAGCGUGGUGACGUACUUCCUCGCUCUUUUUCCUCCACUACCAGCGAGAAUGAAGACCAUUCUCAGCAGCCAGACAGUCGAAAUUCCCGACAAUGUCGAUGUGAAGCUAAAGGGGCGGAAAGUGACUGUCACCGGCCCCCGUGGCAAACUCGUCAGGGAGUUCAAUCACAUCAACCUGGAGCUUCGUAUGCUGGGCAAGAAAAAAAGGAAGCUGCGUGUCGAAAAAUGGUGGGGGAACCGAAAGGAGCUGGCAACAGUUCGCACCAUCUGCAGUCAUGUCCAGAACAUGAUCAAGGGAGUCACUCUGGGAUUCCGUUACAAAAUGCGUUCGGUGUAUGCCCACUUCCCAAUCAAUGUUGUCAUGCAAGAGAAUGGAUCUUUGGUAGAGAUCAGAAAUUUCCUUGGUGAGAAGUACAUCCGUCGUGUCAGAAUGAGGACAGGUGUGAUGUGUACGGUGUCUGCAGCCCAGAAGGAUGAGCUGGUGCUGGAGGGCAACGAUAUUGAGUUGGUGUCAAAUUCAGCUGCUCUCAUCCAGCAAGCCACCACAGUGAAAAAUAAGGAUAUCCGAAAGUUCUUGGAUGGCAUUUACGUGUCUGAGAAGGGAACAGUUGUGGAUUCAGACAAGUAAAAUCUGAAUCUGCAUCCAAGUGGACCUGAUGAACCAACACGUCAGUCACCCUGAUUAAGACACCAGAAACUUGCUUAAAACAUCCACCAAAUCUAUUCUGUCAUGACCAAUAAAGUUGGAAUAUUAUGUUAGAA